AUGGAUCCCUUGAUUUGGCCAUCAGAAACAAACAGCUUUCGACCUUUCACCCCCGAGUCCUUGGCAGCAAUUGAGGAAMGGAUUGCCAACAAAAAUAAAGAGCAAGUCAAAGUUAAGGAAAGGAACAAGGACCAGGGAGUUGAAGACAAACUUACUCCUCAGCUUGAUCUGAAAAUGUACAAAACGCUGCCGUCUCUGUAUGGGGACAUUCCUGCAGAGCUCRUUGGGGAGCCCCUAGAGGAUUUUGAUCCAUACUACAGUGAUCACAAGACUUUUAUGGUGAUAAAUAAAAGGAGGACUAUUUUCCGGUUUGCUGCCACACCUGCCUUGUUUAUAUUUGGUCCUUUUAAUCCAGUCAGAAAAACAGCAAUUAAAAUUAUGAUCCAUUCAUUCACAUUUUUUGUUGGCAUUAUUAUGUGUACUGUGUUACUCAAUUGUGUUGUUAUGACUACCCGUGAGCUUCCUAAAGAACUCUACUGGACUGAACCUGUUUUUACUGCCAUAUAUACUGCUGAAAUAUUGAUAAAAAUAGUAGCAAGAGGAUUUGUUUGCAAUGAAUUUACCUUUCUUCGAGAUCCGUGGAACUGCUUGGAUCUUUCUGUUAUUAUCGUAAUGUACAUUACUGCAUUUCAGACUAUUGGCAAUGUCUCAGCCCUUCGAACUUUCCGAGUACUGAGGACUUUGAAAGCUAUUUCAGUAAUACCAGGUCUGAAGGUCAUUGUAAAUUCGCUUGUUGAGUCUGUGAAGAAACUCGCCGAUGUGUUGAUUCUGACUUUAUUUUGCUUGAGUAUAUUUGCUCUAAUAGGCCUCCAGCUUUUUAUGGGCAAUUUAAAAUCCAAAUGUAUCCUCAAUAAAACUCUGUACAAUGACUCAUUAUGUAAGGAUCCCAAGAUAUAUGUACCAGAUGAUGAAGGUAAAUGUUUUUUGUUUUUUCUCUUGACAUAAUCUCUCUGCUACAGAGAGAAUGACUCGGCUGAAAUAUUGCUCUGUGGGUUCAGCUCAGAUCCCAAUAAAGAGUGUCCAGAAAACUAUACUUGUGAGAAGAUUGGGAAUAAUCCUGACUUUGGUUAUACAAGUUUUGACCAUUUUGGCUGGGCCUUCCUCUCUGUGUUCCGUCUGAUGACCCAGGACUACUGGGAGCGUCUCUACAGACAAACCAUCCGUACAUCUGGAGUGACCUGCAUUUUUUUUUUUAUGGUAGUCAUCUUUUUCUGCUCAUUUUAUCUCUUCAAUCUGAUCUUGGCUGUAGUCACUAUGGCGUAUGAAGAGGAAAAUAAAGCAACUCGUGCUGAAACAGAGGCAAAGGAAAAACUACUUCAGGAUGCCAAACAAAUUAUAGAGAAAGAACAGAUGCUGGCUGCAGGAGAAAGCAGUAGGGCCUUGCAUGCUGGAUCUGAAGUGUCAGUUGCUGACUUCAAAAAUUCACAAGAGAAAGAGACUAAUAGGGAAACAACUACUUCAAGGCAAAACUUAGUUUUAGGUGACCGGGAAAAUGAGGAGCAAAUAUUUCAUUCACAGCCUGGUCGCUGCCACAAGAAGCUUAGGCAGAUCCUGCUGUCCUAUGAGGUGUCAAUGGAUGCUAUCAGCGAUCCUGUCCGAAGACAGAGGUUAAUGAGUGCAGCCACAAUUCUUACAGAUAAUUCAAAGUCAAAACUGAACCUUCCUACAUUUUGGAARCGUUUCCCUCAAAAGUAUCUGAUUUGGAAUUGUUGUCCAUUCUGGAGAUCUGUCAAAGAGAAGAUGAAAWUGGUAAUUUUGAAUCCAUUCGUUGAUCUCUUAAUCAUGGUUUGCAUUAUCUUGAAUACCUUAUUCCUGGCUAUGGAGUACCCUGGCAUGCGACCAGGUUACCAACGACUGAUUUCUCUAAGUGACAAGGUCUUCACCCUGAUUUUUACCGUAGAAAUGAUCUUGAAAAUCGUUGCUCUGGAUCCUUACUACUAUUUUCAGGAAAAGUGGAAUAUUUUUGAUAGCUUGGUUGUUCUGAUUGGCCUAGCGAGCUUUAGAACAAACCUGUCACCGUUCAGGCUGCUCAGGAUCUUCAAAUUGGCAAAGUUCUGGCCAGCCUUAAAUACUCUUAUGAAAAUMAUUCUAAACUCAUUUGGUGCUCUGAGUAACCUCACUCUGGUUUUGGCGAUCACUGUAUUUAUUUUUGCUGUAGUAGGAAUGCAGUUUUUGGGCAGUGAUUAUGAGGAAAAUGUCUGUAAAAUAAACACCAGUGGCAAAUUACGCUGGCAUAUGAAGGAUUUUAGUCACUCUGUCCUGAUUAUAUUCCGAAUAUUAUGUGGAGAAUGGAUUGAAACUAUGUGGGAAUGUAUGGAAGUGGCUGGAGAAAGGAAAUGUCUCACCAUUUUCUUGCUUGUCCUGGUGCUAGGAAACCUGGUGGUGCUCAACUUGUUCAUUGCUUUGCUGCUGAGUUCAUUCAAUCACGACAGCCCAGAGGGACAAGAGGAGCCCGGAGAAGGGACUAAUUAUCAGAUUGCCAUUGCACAGAUUCGCAAGAAACUGAAGGCUGUGAAAGCCAGAAUUUGGAAUCGCUGCUGCAAAAGAAUGAGAGGAAGCAUCAGAAGAACAAACGAAAAGAUGACUUUGGCACAAGUUUCUGGCAAAGGCAUAGAGGUUACUAAUUAUGCCAUGACAGAUGUCAGAAAAUAUAUAGACAAUAGCUGCUUUGAYAUAGAGUGUUACCAUAUGGAAGAGAGCUCCUCACUAGCAAGGAAAUAYGAAGAAAUUUUAACCAGCGACAGAACCUGUGUUCCCAUCACAGCAGCAGAGACUUACACCAACGAAGGUGGUGGUGGGCACAUUUUACACACAGCUGCAGAAUACAGAAAACAGGGAGGCAGAUCAGGACACAAAGAACAGUGGCAGAACUCAAACAGCUUCAAGCAGGUUUCUGGGACUUCUGAAACUGUAAAUGUUUCCACAGUAACACACCCAAAGAAAGAGCAAAAUGAGAAACAUCGGUCUGUUCGUAGCAUUUCUGAAGCCAGCUCUGUGGAUCCAGUUGCUCUUCUGGAGAUGUUUUCCCAGACUAAAGACUCACAGCUGCCUAACGACUGCUUUGCAGAAAGUUGUGUUAAGUGUUUCCCAAGUUGUGUAGUGGAUAUCACUAAGUCUCCAGGGAAAACUUGGUGGAACUUUAGGAAAACCUGCUACAGAAUCGUUAACCAUAGCGGGUUUGAAUAUUUUAUGGUUUUUAUGAUAGUAUUGAGCAGCGCAGCACUGGCAUUUGAAGAUAUUCAUCUGCAGAAGAGGCAAAAAGUGAAAAUUAUCCUAGAUUAUGCUGAUAAGAUAUUUACCUACACCUUUUUUACGGAGAUGCUUCURAAAUGGGUAGCUUAUGGUUUGCACAGUUAUUUCACAAAUUCCUGGUGUUUGCUUGACUUCAUCAUUGUGUGUGUAAGUAUUAUAUUCAGCUGGUCAUACAUUUUAAUUUUUGCUUGUUCCUCUGGGACCAGCUUGAAAUCUCUCAGGACUUUGAGAGCACUGAGGCCUCUUCGAGCUUUGUCAAGAUUUGAAGGGAUAAAGGUUGUUGUGAAUGCACUCUUCGGAGCCAUCCCCUCAAUCUUCAAUGUUCUGCUGGUCUGUGUUGUCUUUUGGCUCCUCUUUAACGUUCUAGGAGUAAAAUGGCUUGGAAAAAGAUUUUGGAAAUGCAUACUCAAGAAAGGAGAUAUUGGACUCAUCCAUAACAGAAAUGAUUGUAUUUCCUAYAAUGGCACAUGGACAAAUAAUGCUGUAAAUUUUGAUAAUGUUGGCAUGGGAUACUUGGCUCUUCUGCAAGUGGCAACUUUUAAAGGUUGGAUGGAUAUUAUGUAUGCAGCAGUGGAUUCACGUGAGAUCGAUGAUCAGCCAAUGUUUGAAGCACGCUUAUCCAUGUAUGUGUACUUUGUGGUUUUCAUUAUUUUUGGAUCUUUCUUCAUGCUGAACCUUUUCAUUGGAGUGGUAAUCAGCAAUUUUAACCAGCAAAGGAAAAAGAUAAGUGGAAAAGAUCUAUUUUUGACUGAGGAACAGAAAAAGUACUAUAAUGCCCUAAAAAAACUUGGAUCCAAGAAACCCCAAAAACCCAUCCCAAGACCAUCGAAUGCGUUCCUAGGAUUGCUGUUUGACAUCGUAUCACAUAAAGCAUUUGACAUCACCAUUGUGAUUUUCAUCUGUCUAAAUAUGGUCGUUAUGAUGGCAGAAAAUAACCAGAAUGGCACCAAGGAUGUUCUUAAUAAAAUCAACUAUUUUUUUGUGGCUGUAUUUACUGCAGAAUGUGUCAUAAAAAUACUGGCAUUAAGGCAGUACUACUUUGCAAGUGGCUGGAACGUGUUUGAUUUCAGUGUUGUGGUCCUUUCAAUAGUGAGUCUUGGAGUUUCUGAAGUCUUCCGACGUUUCUUCUCCCCUACGGUUUUGAGAACUCUUCGUUUGGCACGGAUUGGCCGAAUCCUGAGAAUAAUUCGCCAAGCCAGGGGAAUUCGAACUCUUCUUUUUGCAUUGCUGAUGUCUCUUCCUGCACUGGUCAACAUUGGCCUUUUGCUUUUCCUGAUUAUGUUCAUUUAUGCCAUUGUGGGCAUGGCAAACUUUGCCUGUGUCCGAUGGGAAGGGGGGAUUGAUGACAUUUUCAACUUUCAAACCUUUUUUGGUAGCAUUCUCUGCCUCUUCCAAAUUACAACAUCAGCUGGCUGGGAUAGUCUUCUAUCCCCUCUGUUAAAAGAAUCUGACAAAUGUGCUCCUAAUGUAAAUUUAACAGAGACAGAGAAAAAUAAUUGCACAAACAGGGGCUUUGGCAUUUUAUAUUUUGUAAGCUACAUCAUUAUAUCAUUUCUCAUUGUUGUAAAUAUGUACAUAGCUGUCAUUUUAGAGAACUUCAGUGUUGCCACUGAGGAAAGCACAGAUCCUCUUUGUGAGGAUGACUUUGAUAUGUUUUAUGAGACAUGGGCAAAAUUUGAUCCUCGGGCAACACAAUUCAUAGAUUAUUCUGCUCUUUCAGACUUUGCAGAUGCGCUGGCAGAACCUUUGCGCAUCCCAAAGCCUAAUAAAAUCCAGCUCAUAUCCAUGGACAUCCCCAUAUUUAGUGGAGAUAAGAUUCACUGCUUGGAUAUCUUGCUGGCUUUCACUAAAAGGGUCUUGGGAGAAACUGGAGAUUUGGAGAGCCUUGAAUUAGACAUGGAAGAAAAGAUUGUGGCUGACAAUCCAUCUAAAAGUCGUUACACGCCAGUUUCUUCUACCCUUAAAAGAAAACAAGAGGAAGUGUCRGCUCUUAUUAUUCAAAGGGCCUUCAGGAGACAUUUGAGACAACUUUCUGUUCAAAAUGUGUCUUUCUCACAYCGCUGUAGACACAACAGUGCUGUCUUUGAACGAGAAAUGCUGGACAAGGAAAGUCUUCUUGUGCUAAAUGAAAAUAAUGAUAGGAARGUGGUUAAACUGCGUCCUGCUUCCUCCAUAUCCCUCCCUUUAUUUUAUUAUGGCUUUGCUGACACAGAUAGCAAUAAGCUUGACACAUAA